AUGGCGGCGAGUCAGGGAGCUGGAGGACCUGCGGCGGCUCUCCAGAGGCAGCAUUAUCCUAGUGUCGCGCACUGGAACCCAGGCGUGAUGCAGCAGCAGCAGCAACACCCGCUACACACCGCCCGCAGUCUGGAACGAGCGCUGGAAGAUGCUGUCUGCUCCGGGAUGCUCAACAUCAGCGGAAGAAAACUGCGUGACUACCCGGGGCUCAACUACGAUCUGACCGAUACUACACAAGCAGGUGGGUCCCUCAGAUGUGGGCUAAUCUCCCUGCGUGCUCCACUGACCCGCUUCUCGCGAUUCUUGAUCUGCCUAAAGGGAAAGAUCCACAUCUUUAAGUAUUUAAACCUGCAGGCAUGUCGCCUGGAUAAAAAACCAGACACACUUGACCUGCCUUCUCUGGGAAAACGCUGCUUGCCUCAGCAGCUAACAGACAGUAUGGAAGAUUUCUAUCCUAGUAAAAACCAUGGCCCUGACUCAGGUAUUGGCAGUGACAACGGUGACAAAAGACUGUCGACUACAGAGCCAUCUGAUGAUGACACCAUGAGUCUCCACUCUCAAGUGUCUGAGACAGUGCGGGCUGACGCACACACACUUCUCACAAAGCUGGACUCAAACAAAGAUCAGGACCCAUAUGACUUUUUUGACCCAAAUCCAGAUGAGGAGGCCACUCUGUCUGAGGGAGAGCUACAGCACAAUGCACCCUAUGUGUCAUGUAUAAAGGAGCUGGAACGGGUCCUGAAAACGCACCAAAGCAAAGAUAAAGACAAUUGGAAAGAGGAGUCAGGCUCAGAGAAAGAGCAGUUAGCUGAAGAAGACGAGGAUGACUUAAAGGAAGUGUUGGAUCUGAGGAAGAUCGCAGUACAGCUGCUACAACAAGAGCAACAGAACAGGAGGCGAUCCCUAAUUUGUAGGGCAGAGAGUCUAAUACACCGUAGAAGAGCCGCGGGGAGAGCUCACAGGUUCCUCAGCCACUCAGGGAGUAGCACCAAACAAAGAACCCCAUCUCAGACUGUUAGAAGUGCAUCACUAGAUGAAGGAAGCAGCUCAGCCUCUGCCUUGUGUGGACAGGAGACUGAUCUCACUGAUGAAGAUGCAGCUUUCUCUGAGCCUUCUUCAUCUUGCUCGUUUGAUGGAAGUUUGAAAUCAGAGAGCAGUGACUCAGAGCCAAGAUGGCCAGAGGUUCCUCCUGUGCUUAACCAGAAUGAGGAUCGGAGAAGAAACAAGUACCUGAGAAAAGACUACCUGAAGUAUAAGUGCCAAAGUGCUCGAAGAAACUCCAGUGGCAACGACAAUGAUUGUGAGGAGGGAAUGCGAUCUAGUGAUUUUACCACAACUCUGACUGUAUUUGGCCUGAAACCCAGAUCAGUUCAGUGGAAAGCACAAGGAAGACCAUCUCAGUCAGAAGAAACUGAAUCCAUUACCAAAUCCAGCACGAGUUGUUUGCGGUGUUUCUAUUCCAUUCGGUGUCUCCUGGUGUUGUUACAGGAGGGAAUGCGAUCUAGUGAUUUUACCACAACUCUGACUGUAUUUGGCCUGAAACCCAGAUCAGCCUUCUCCCGUGGAAAUCGUCAAGACUUUAGCUCCACAGACCCAAGCUUCACCAUGAGGAGAAAGAUGGAGCACCUCAGGGAGGAGAUGGAGCAGAUCAGACUCUUGCGUCAGAACCUCGAGUCUAGGCUAAAGGUGUUGUUGCCAGAUGAUGUGGGUGCUGCUUUGAUGGAUGGUGUUGUUUUAUGCCAUCUAGCUAAUCACAUUCGUCCUCGUUCUGUAGCUAGCAUUCAUGUACCAUCCCCUGCUGUGCCAAAGCUGAGUAUGGCCAAGUGUCGGCGAAAUGUUGAGAAUUUCUUGGAUGCAUGUAAAAAGCUUGGUGUGCCACAGGACAAGUUGUGUUUGCCGCAUCACAUCCUGGAGGAGCGAGGUCUGGUAAAGGUUGGUGUCACUGUACAGGCACUGCUGGAACUUCCAUCAUCAAAACCCAACCAACUUUCUACCAUGUAGCAUCGCUGGGUCAUGGGAUGUCCACUAGCAUCCCUUUACCCUGCCUUACCACCUCAUCCUUACUCCUCACUCUCAAUGCUGAUCUUUGACCUACUAUGGGGAGGUCACGACCCUUCAACCUUUACAACUGUGGUGAACAGUCCGGGUUCCCCUACCUCUUAUAAGCCUCUAUGGAGGGGUCUAGACAUUUUAAAGCUCCAAUAUUGUGCCCUAUAUGAGGAAACUGUCAUUCUUAAAGCCACACAUUUCAUUCUGAGGGGAAAUACCUGUUUCUGUUCCACAACUGGUAAUGCCGACUCUCACCUCAAUGCUGGACACCUCUGUCUCCUAUCAUUUGUAUCUCCUUCUCAUCUGUCUCAUGUUCACUCUUCUCUUGGACCAGUGAGCCCCCAACGGGCGAGGACAGGAGAAAAGCCCGCAGCUAUCUGGCUGAUUCUGGACCAGAGGGUAGAUGUUAUAUCAAUCAAUGUCACUCCAGCCCUCUCCUGUAUGAAGUCACUAAGAGCUGUCUAACAUCUUGUUACAUUCUGACUGUUGUUUCCUGUCUCUUUGAAGAAAUAAGUGGGGCAGAGACAGUACUGAUGUGCAUGUAAUAACAACCAGACCAGCACCGAGGACAUCUGGAAAGGACAGACAAAGGUGUUGCCAUAAAUGUUGAUGUAUUGUUGUCAGGUGAGUCACUGGCAGUGCAUUAGAAAGUAAUCAUAUCUUUCUGCAUGCCUGGACGGUUUUAACAGUGAAGACACUGCUCACGUGCCCACACAAGACAAAGGAUUUUUUGUGUUCUUUUACAUACAUGCCGAUCUCACAGCUUGUAUUUUAGUGCUUUAGUUCUCACAGCCUGCGUGUGCCAGGAAAUCACAACAUCAUAAAGUUUCACACGUGCCAGUGUACGUAAUUGCAUUGUGCUAAAAUUUUGUUUGUUAUGCAGGUCUGGGCAUGAACGUAAAGUUUCAGCACUAAAAAUAGGUCAUUUAAAAACAUUUGCAAAACCUAAUUAUAAUUACAGAGUAAGAACAGUCCAUUAAGUAAAGAUGGGCAUUUGAUUGUUUGAUUAAUUCAUAAUCAGCGAAAGAUUCUUUCUUGGAAAAACAAAUCAGAAGAGUCUUUGGUAUUUGUACAAUUUAAUUAUGUUAAGUAAAGGAUUGAUGUGAAAGCAGUUCAUUCACCACAGUAAACUGAGAAGGUUUAUAGAAAUGUUUAAAUACGUACAAAUAGUUUAACUUUGUUUUAUCAGGG